CAGUUCACAAGGCCCGCUACGUGAACCCAAGAUGACUGGGCUCACGUAUUACGUUGGGGUCGGUCCGGGCCUUGCCGGAGCCGCCGCGUUCCACUAUGACAGGCUUGCCCCGCUGCGGUAGCCCUUAGGCAUGCGCGACAGGCAUUUGCCUCAGCUAAGAACGCAAACUGAAGCCCUACGAUUUCUCGCCGGUUUGCGCUCUCGCCGGCUCGGGGUGCCCGCGGGCCGGCUUCUUUCGUCCCACCUCUCCCCACUUGGAAAGCUAAGCUUACUGUUGGCAGGUCCCUGGGCAAACAGUGUGUGAGAUGGGACGGACGUCAAAGGACAAGCGGGAUGUCUACUACCGCCUGGCCAAGGAGAAUGGCUGGCGUGCCCGCAGUGCCUUCAAGCUGCUACAACUCGAUGAGGAAUUCCAACUCUUCCAAGGCGUGACACGGGCAGUUGACCUAUGUGCAGCUCCGGGCAGUUGGAGCCAGGUGCUGAGCCAGAAGAUUGGGGGCCAGGGAUCUGGCCAUGUUGUGGCUGUGGACCUUCAAGCUAUGGCUCCACUACCAGGUGUCUUACAGAUCCAGGGGGACAUAACCCAGCUCUCCACUGCCAAGGAGAUCAUCCAGCACUUUGAGGGCUGCCCUGCGGACCUAGUGCUGUGCGAUGGGGCUCCCGAUGUAACUGGCCUCCAUGAUGUUGAUGAGUAUAUGCAGGCCCAGCUCCUCCUAGCCGCUCUGAACAUUGCUACACACGUCUUAAAACCAGGGGGCUGCUUUGUAGCCAAGAUCUUCCGAGGCCGGGAUGUGACACUUAUCUACAGCCAGUUGCGAGUCUUCUUCUCCAGUGUGCUCUGUGCCAAACCCAGGAGCAGCCGGAACUCCAGCAUUGAGGCCUUCGCUGUCUGUCAGGGUUAUGACCCCCCUGACGGCUUCCUGCCAGACCUGACCAAACCCCUGCUGGAUCAUUCUUACGAUCCAGAUUUCAACCAAUUAGAUGGGCCCACCCGCAUCAUUGUGCCAUUUGUGACCUGUGGGGACCUGAGCUCCUAUGAUUCGGAUCGCAGUUACCCACUGGACCUAGAGGAUGGUUCAGAGUACAAGUAUACUCCACCCACACAGCCCCCGAUCUCGCCACCAUAUCAGGAGGCCUGCACAUUGAAGAAGAAAGGGCGAUUGGCCAAGGAGAUCCGCUCCCAGGACUGCCCCAUGAGCACAGUGGACACAUUGCCCCAGCCCCUGGCUGCCCCACAAUGCCAUACCCUGCUGGCCUCUGAGGUCUGGAAACAUGGCCCAAAGCCCUCAGUGCCCUUUCCCUGAACUCACAGUGACCCCCUUCCAGUGUGCCUCUUUCUGUCCCCAAAUCACAUGGUUUUGGGGGGACAAAAUUCUCUUCCCUGUCUCCCAAUAGCUGUAAAAACCAAUAGGUAAAAUUCGAUAUAAUGAAUGGAAAAGCUUAGCCAAGGAUCUGAGUCCCUUUUCUUUUUUUUGAGUAGGUGGAAGACAGUGAAAUGAACUGUUCACCUUAACACAUUAAGGUAAAUUUGCCUUUUUGUCUAAGAGUUUGAGUAAAUGGUACCUGUACAAAAAAGCUCAAUAAAAUUUCACCUUUGCAACUUUUA